AUGACCCUCCUCGCCAUCCUCUCCCUUUCCCUCCUCCUCCUCCCUAACGCACUCGCCCUCCCCAACGUAACCGCAAUCCCAGCCGGUCCCGGUGACUGCUCAGCCUACCCGAACUUCUACGGCACAAACGGGCGCACCUCAGACGCUUUCAUCUUCCUCCCCUCGCAGGCCGACAACCCCUCCGUCAACAACCUCAAAACCAGCAUUCUGAACAACACACUCGUUGUUCUCAAUGACCCCUCCGCAGACCCAACGAUUUUCUGCUGUAUCGCCCCGAAUAUCUUUGAUGGCUGGGCGGAACGCACGUUGUUGCUCGAGGGCGAUCGGAGGAUGAGAUAUACAAGUCAGGGCGUUACGCCGGAGCUGUAUGUACAUGAGAUUGAGGGCGUGAAGCAAGAAGGAGUAUUUUUGGGGAGUGAGGGGGUGACGAGGUGGGUUUUUGGGGAAAUUGAGGGAGGAUGGGGUGUUAGGUUGGAUGGGGAUGGGGUGGUGAAUGAAGGGGAGUUUAAGGGGUUCUUGAGGGCUGAGUUACCUUGA